AUGAUUCACAACAUCGACCAGCACUCUGUGCCGCUCUCGGCCGCCUCGGCAGACUACUUUGAACACUCACAGAAGGAGAGGGAUUAUGGCCUUCUGCCUGCUGCGAGUCUGGCCAGUCCCUCCAAGAAGUCGCAGCUGAAAACCCCUCCCCAUUCCACCAGACGUAUAUCCGGCCUCACCGCAAUUAACAGAGGAGCAGAUGGUGGCUACCCUCCCUCCAGCACAAGAUACAUGUCGUCAAAGGCAGUACGGACAGCCAAGAGCGAUGAGGAGAACCCAGACAUGGCCAACAUCUCCAUGCUUUCCUCCGGAAGCGAUUUUGCAGAUGCAUACCAUACCAACGCAAAUCACCGUAGUCUCGUUAGUGGACUUGACCAUCAUCACCACGGGAAUGGGAGCCUCAACAUUGAACAACACGGCCUUCUGUCCCCAGAGUUCUCCUCUCCAAACCUAUACGAGCAUGUGUCUUCCCAGAACAGCAACAUUUUUCACGCUGCUGAUGUGAACAUCAGGGUCAUCAGCGACAGUCCGAUACUGGAAAAUACUAGCGACAAGGAGAACGUGCCCGGAAGGUCGGAUGAGCCACUCGAAGCUCCCAAAUUUACCAAGAAGAGGUCCAACAACGGUUCCAACAACGGGAACUCGAGCAACAAGAAGUCAAGAAUCUCCAAAACCCCCGAAGAUUUUGUGUUGCCCCAACCACAUGAAAUGCCAGAAAUUAUAUUUGAGUCAAGCGCAAAACCUCCAUAUUCUUACGCGUCUUUGAUCGGUAUGGCACUGUUAAGAUCUCCGGAAAGGAGACUUACUUUGGCAGAGAUCUACCAGUGGAUCUCCGACAACUUCAAGUACUACAAGAAGGGUGAAGUCGGAUGGCAGAACUCAAUCAGACACAACCUCUCGCUCAACAAAGCGUUUGAAAAGACUGAGAAAUCAAAGGAGAAGAAGGGACAUUUCUGGCAGAUUGUCUCUGGAUACGAGCAUAUAUAUUGCAAUAUUAAGGAGUCCAAGAGAAGCGGCGCAACUACCUCGGCGGCGGCAACAGCAGCAACGAAACCGGCAAAUGCAACUGCUCAAGAUCCUCCCACGACCCCAAAAUCAGCCGAAAGGGAUGACAGGAAAGUUACCACCCACGCUCAUCACAACUUCAAUAACACGGAAACUCCGAAGUUCAGCGAGCUUCGACAUGGAUAUGGACACGGGCUUGAGCAGGGCCAUGGUCAGGCACAGGGUGAGAUACAGGGUCAGGCGUUGGGCCAAAUACCCAACAGCAAUAUCAACUAUACUCACAACAAGGCAUUGAGCUAUGCCCAAUCCCGAGGCCAUAGCAGAAACCCAAGUAACAAUCUUGGAUCGAUUCCCGAACUGAAUGUCCACUACUCGUCGUUCAACCCCUCACUCAACGCUUCACCUAUAAAUAUGCACUACGAUAUGUCUCCCGACAUAGGCAUCACCCUUGACUCUACAAGCUUGGACUUCACCUCAUCAUUUAGCUGCCGCUCGAACUUUGAACUUUCACCAAUCAGACCCGUGGAUUCAGGCCCGAUCUUGGUCCCAAUAACGCCAAAUAAGUCCAACCAGAAUAUACAACUACCGUCGAUCACGAAGCAGCUACAAACCUUACAACCGCUUAUACCUCAAUCACAACCGCAACUGCACUCGCAACCACUUCCGUCACAGCCCCACUCCUCUCAGGUACAAAACAAGUUGUUUACAGAGUUACAGAAUCAGCCACCAACAAACUCGCUGAUACCCGCUAAAUUCAAAACUCCGCUGAAAUUGACCAGCACGCCGCUGCCAAACAGCAAUUCGUCGGUUGCCCGAAAAUUGUGGGCGUCGCCUUCUUACCUCGAUGACUUUUACAGCUCACCAGGUUUUUUUAAUAAGGAUAACUCAUCUGUUUUCAACUUUAGUAAACAACAAGUACAACCAACGCACUUCUCCUUACCGAGUAACGUAUAUGGUUCACCACUCUCAUCGAGCAAGCGAAGAUUAAUCAACAAGGCUAAUUCAAAUAUCACGAAUGGAUAUUCCACGAACGAAAUUUUUGGCAUAGAUAUCUGUACAAUUCAUUCCAACGACGACGAAACUGAUAGCUGA